AUGUAUAAACCUUCUUGUUUAUUAAACGUCAAUGGAUCGAUCCGUUCGAAUGCACUACAUGAUAUCGAAGUCGCUGGUUACCGUUAUGUGAUGUUAACAAUUUGUAUAUUCGGCGUCGUAUGUAACAUACUUAAUCUAUGUGUUCUCGUUCAACGUCGUCUCAAAGAAUCUCCCUAUACUUAUCUCACAGGCUUAGCAUUAGCUGAUAUGUUAACAUUAAUUUCCUUUUCACCUGUGUCAGUCGUGCGCGGUGAUUACAUUCGGCAUGAAGACAUCUUCUUUACUUUAACGCGUCUCGAAGCGCGACUAUUCGUACCCAUGGCAAAUUACCUCGGUCAAGUUAGUAUAAUGAUUACCGUUGCAUUGACCGUUGAACGUUAUUUAUUCACAACCUAUCCAUUACGUACACAAAGUUUUUGUAAACCAAGUUAUGCACGUCGCGUUAUUGCUAUUAUCAUGGUUCUAUGCGGCCUGUUAAAUCUUCCGAGAUUUCUAACUGAAACAGUUGAGAAGAAGAUUGAUACCGAAACGAACUUCAAUUCAUCAAAUUGCGUCAUGCAUCCAUUUCAAAUCCGAUACUCGUCAACGAAUACUUCUCAUAUUGGUCAAUGUUUUUGCGUAGUCGGUCACACAAAAGAAAGUUUCCUUCCAUUGAAAAAUUAUUAUUACUAUACUAUGUUAGGUAUCAAUCAAAUAAUUCCAUUCGCCAUAUUACUUUGUUUGAAUUUAAGUUUAAUCGCACGUGUACAAUCAUCAAAUCGUUACACGUUAGCAGAAUUGAUCGCCCGACAACAACGGAAUCUCAAUUCAACAACCGCUGGUGUGAGUGCUGCGGCACAAAAACGUCUUCGCGAUGAACAUCGCUUAACAAAAACUCUCGUGGCUGUUGUGAUCGUCUUUCUCAUAUGUAACACAUUUACCAUCAUCUCUUACCCUGGCCUCGUACGGUUCUUAACCAAAAAGAAAUAUCCAAAUUAUUUCUACGUUGGUUUUCGUAUACAAAAGUUAAUCACGAACAUUAUGCUGUUAUUAAACUAUUCGAUCAAUUUCUUUUUCUAUUGCGCAUUUAACGAAAAAUUUUUGUCAACGUUAAAGAAAACCUUUCGAUACGAGAAAUUAUUCUGUGGUCUCAUCUCGUCGCCACGUCGAACAUUACCCUCCGCUAUGUCAUCAGCAACAUUACAAUCGACCAUAACUCAAACCAAUCAAUGUAUUUCCACGUAUCACUUACGCACAGAAGAAUCAAGUCGACGACGAGGAAAACAAGAAUAUAAGCCGAUCUCGGAAAAUGAUCUGAUAACAAAUAACGAUUUAUAA